AUGGCUCAAAAACAUGGACCUCUAAUACAUUUGCAGUUGGAUGAAGUUUCAGCUGUUGUUGUCUCCUCACCAAAUUUGACGAAAGACAUCAUGAAAACAUACGAUCUUUCCUUUGCUAGCAGGCAUGAACUUCUCGCAUUCAAGAUCAUCUGUUAUGAUACUAAAGAUAUCAUAUGCUCCCCCUAUAGUGAUUAUUGGAGACAAAUGCGAAAAAUCUGCGUCAUGGAACUUCUUAGCGCUAAAAGUGUUAGGUCCUUCCACAAUAUUAGGCAGGAUGAGGUUUUGCAUCUAGUUGAUGUAAUAAGGCAAUUGGCAGGUUUAGGAGGAGGUUUUGAUAUUGUUGAUCUAUUUCCUUCUUACAAAAUUCUUCAUGUCCUGACUGGACUGAAGCCUAAAUUGCUGCAGAUCAGCCACAAAAUGGAUAUUAUAUUUGAAAGCUCAAUCAAGGAGCACGUCAAGAACCGGACUAGGAACAAGAAGUUCAUUGCUGAUUCUAAUCAAGAAGAUCUUAUUGAUGUUCUACUGCGAAUUAGACAUUGUGGAGACCUUCAAUUUCCCAUCGCCAAUGACAAUAUCAAAGCUAUCAUCUUUGCAAGUCAAACUACCCUGAAUUCUUUCCUUCCCUGCUUUCUUGAAUUUAGAGAAAAAUAUAUUGAUUCAAAAUCAAAACAUUAG